CGCCGCUGCCCGCAACGCCAGCCAUGUUGUUCACCACCGCCAUCCGCGCCGCCCGCCCCGCUCUCGCCCGCGCAGCGCGCCCCACAUCCUCUGCCACCCGCGCCCUCUCCGUCAGCGCCGUCCGCUGCUCGGGUCCCGCCCCGCCCUCUCUGCUCGGCCCCGGCUCGAAAGCGGGUGAAGUCCCUUCCGACGAGACGCAGGCGACCGGUCUUGAGCGCCUCCAACUCUUGGGCGAGAUGCAGGGUGUCCCUGCCUUCGACUACGAGCCUCUCGACUCGAGCCGCGUCGGUACGCUCGAGGACCCCAUCAAGGUCUUCUCCCUGGAUGUCGAGCGUGUUGUUGGUUGCACCGGUUCUCCUGCUGACUCACACGAGGUGCACUGGUUCAAGGUCAAGAAGGACAAGACCCGCCGCUGCCCCGAGUGUGGCUCUGCCUACGCUCUCGACUUCCAGGGUGAUGAGCACCUUCUGGCUCACGGGCACUAAACGUGUAAUAGAACCUCGCAUUGGCAAUCUUUAUCCCCUUAACCUCCGCUCCUGCUUGCUUCCCUGCGAAUCGUUUUAGAGAGCCUAUAACAGUGCAUUUUGUUAAUAUGCCAUUUCAUCAUCGCUCGUGCUAAUGUUGCAGACUGCUGAUAUCAUUAGAACCCAUGGCCCAUGUAGUAUCAAGACACAUGGAGAAUAGUAAGUAUCGCGAAGCAAAAAGGUAUUAAGAGGCCAAUUCACGCCAGGGUAUCUUAUCCGC